UGCCUCCUGGCCAGCCCUCAGUGAGGGCGGUUGAGAGCCUGCUGGAAGGACCUUGGACCUGAUUGCCUGUCCCUCCCCUGCCCCCUGGGUCCCCACCCUGCUGACCUUAUGACCACAGGGAGCAUGCCAGCCCCUGUGGGCAGCACGGGGGCUGAACCCGUGGGUGGCUGAGGGCACUUGCGGGUGACAUCCUUCCGGUUGAAGAAAGGGACCCACAGCCAGAGAGGCCGGAGCCCUGCCCCAUUAGCUCUGCUGCCACAUCGGAGUCGCAGCCUCACCUUGGGCCGCUUCCAGCCAUGAAGCUCCUUUUGCUGACUCUGGCCGCCCUGCUGCUCUUGUCCCAGCUCACGCCAGGCAGCACCCAAAAAUGCUGGAAUCUUCAUGGCAAAUGCCGCCAUACAUGCUUCAGGAAAGAAAAGAUCUAUGUUUACUGCACAAAUAAUAAACUGUGCUGCGUGAAGCCCAAGUACCAGCCAAGAGAGAAACUACGGUCGUUUUAAGUUUUUCGAGGCCUGAAGCCAUGAAGACACAGAUGAAGGCUGACCCUAGUAGAUUCCUAGAUUGUCUCAAUAAACAAUGUGUGGCUGA